AGUCUCAGAGCGAUACGAAGGAAGUGUUUGUUGGCUCCGUCUCACGCUCGUCUGAGGUUUUUUCACGGGAGAAGUUCCGGCGGCUUGGUGAAGGAGUGGUCUCGCGGUCGACGCACUUGGUCUUCAUGGAGGACGAUGAGGAGCUAGGGUUAUUGUUAGGGUUCGCUGCGCCGAUCUCCAGGUCCUGCACAGCGAGUUUUGCAGUGAGAGAGAGAGGCUUGCACAGUGAGUUUCUUAAGGCAUCCACUGUUGUCGAGUAUAGCCGCGCGGAACAACAAAGGAUGAUUUAGUAGGGGCCAAAAAUCUUGCACACAAAAUGUUUCGUAACACCGGGAACACAAAUCCUCUUCCCUGGAACAUUCACCAAGUAUUCGUUAAAUUGAAGGAAAAACAAGGUGUCAAAUACUUUGGAGUUUGGGGGAUUGGUUCUGUAUACAACCUAAAGCUUCGAUUCAAAAGACCAAUCUAGCUCUGGCAAUGUUUUUGUCGUAAGGGACCCGCGUAACGAACUUGUUCUUGUUGCUGGCUGAAUGGUUUCACCAUCAAUAAAUGGCAAUCAACUGCCUCGGUUGUAUGCGUAUUGGACCGUAAAUAAUGGGAAGAUAAGGUGCUUUAACUUGCCCUGCGCAGCAUUUGUACAAAUCGACCGGACGUUUACUCCCAAAAUGCCUUUGUCACCUCUGUCUACCAUUGGUGGACCAUCAUAUGAUAUGAAAUUCACUAUCUACUAGGAUACCCAAACAUCAAAUUGGUGGCUUGGCAGUAACAGACAGGAACAUUACAGUAGGGUAUUGGCCAAAGGAAAUGUUACCUCAUUUAAGAAAUGGGGCUGGAGAAGUAGGGUGGGGAGGAACUGCCAUGGCUGCAACAAAACGUAGCCCCCCAAUAGGGAGUGGCCAAUACCCAGAUGACAAUUAUGACCAUGCAGCCUAUUUCAGAAACCUGCAUUUCAUGAGGGGUUGGCUUAUGAUUUUCCUAUGUUUGUCAGAGGAAGAAGGUUAUAGCACAAAUUUAUUUUUACGAUACAAGCGAUAUUUCAGAUACAGAAAUAACUGCUCUUAACUACUUAACUUUUCGACUCAAAAGUACAAUUUAAUUGCAUAUGGGUAUGACAUUGUUGUAUAAUUGUAUUACAAAGAAACAUUCGGCGUUUUAGAAAAAGAAAACAAAUGUAUAUGUCAGAAAUAAUCUCAUCCAUCCAUUGUGGUCUAAUCCAAAGGCAUAAAAAAUUUGUCAAAAUGUGUUGUAAAUUCUUCCUCGGUAUAAUCAGGGGAGUUCGUAAAAACACGUUGAUGAUUGAUCCAAGAAACGUAAGAAGUUAGCCCAAAAAAAAAACUGAUCUUGAGAGAUAUUUUUACUUUUUCUUUUUGGGAUUUGAGAGUGUUUGAGAAAUGGAGAAGAGCAGAGUAUUGAUAAUCGGAGUGACAGGAAAUCUUGGUCACCAUUUGGCCAAAGCCACCCUCCAAUUUUCUCACCCCGCAUUUGCUCUCGUCAGGCCCUCUUCCUUCUCCGACCCUCACAAGUCCCACAAGCUUCACUCUCUCUCCAAUGCCGGCGUCACACUCCUUCAAGGUUCACUUGAAGACGAAGAAAGCCUUAUGGCAGCAGUGAAGCAAGUGGAUGUGGUGAUUUGUGCUGUUUCGGCCAAACAAGUCCUCCUUCAGAAGCUCCUUGUCCAAGUGAUCAAAAAAUCUGGCUGCAUCAAGAGGUUUAUUCCCUCAGAAUUUGGGUUGGACCCAGAUAAGACUAGAAUAUCAGACAUGGACUACAACUUUUAUAAGCAGAAAUCUGAGAUUAGGCGUUUUGUGGAAGCUCAUGGUAUUCCCUACACUUACAUUUCGUGCAAUUUCUACAUGAGUUAUUUGCUUCCUCAGCUUGUUCAGCCAGGCCUCAAGGUCCCUCCGAGGGACAAGGUUACAAUUUUUGGCGACGGGAUUACUGAAGGUGUUUUUGUGAAGGAAAGUGAUGUUGCUAAGUUCACUAUCAGGACUUUGGAUGAUCCACAAACGUUGAAUAAGGUGUUGUAUUUGAGGCCGCCCGGAAAUGUGUACUCAAUGAAUGAACUUGUUGAGCUUUGGGAGAGUAAGAUUGGGAAGAAGCUGGAGAAGGUAUUUGUAUCAGAACAAGAGCUUCUUAAGAAAAUUAAAGAGACUCCAUAUCCUGACAACAUGGAGAUGAUUUUUAUAUAUUCUGCAUUCGUAAAGGGAGAUCAAACUUACUUCAAUAUCGAGUCAUCCGGUGGUCUAGACGGUACAAAACUGUAUCCAGAGCAGAAUUUUACUACAAUCAGUGAAUAUUUAGACACCUUAUUGUAACAGCUUUUUUCACUUUUUUAGGCUGAGCUACUUUUUUUAUGCCUAGAGGAUUCAAUUUAACAAGCUCAAUAAUGUACUUGGAUUUCAUUACAAAUAUAUUCACAUGGCCUCUUUAGCGUUGACUUGAAA